CCGAGCAGCUGCUGCUCACUGGCUCAGAAACCCGGGCCUGGGGACCAGGCGACAGCAGCUCCAGCGUUGCGGAGAAGUGGAUCCCAGGGCCACCGAGAUGCCAGGAGCGGCCGGGAGUCUCUUCCUCCUGCUACUUGCCGGGCUCGGGGGCUGCGGGGCCAGCCAGGGGCAGCUUGCGCAGCAGCGCCGGCAGCCACAGGCGCAUCAGCAAAGAGGUUUAUUUCCCGCCGUGUUGAAUCUCGCCUCUAAUGCUCUCAUCACCACCAAUGCGACAUGCGGUGAAAAAGGACCUGAAAUGUACUGCAAAUUGGUCGAGCACGUGCCUGGACAGCCUGUAAGGAACCCCCAGUGUCGAAUCUGCAAUCAAAAUAGCAGCAAUCCCUCUCAAAGACACCCAAUUACAAAUGCAAUUGAUGGGAAGAACACUUGGUGGCAAAGUCCCAGCAUUAAGAAUGGAGUUGAAUACCAUUAUGUGACAAUUACACUGGACUUGCAGCAGGUGUUCCAGAUUGCCUACGUGAUUGUGAAAGCGGCGAACUCCCCCCGGCCUGGGAACUGGAUCUUGGAGCGCUCUCUUGAUGAUGUCACCUACAAGCCAUGGCAGUAUCACGCUGUGACGGAUACUGAGUGCCUAACCCUCUACAACAUUUAUCCCCGCACCGGGCCACCGUCAUACGCCAAAGACGACGAGGUCAUCUGCACUUCCUUUUAUUCCAAGAUCCACCCCUUAGAAAAUGGAGAGAUUCAUAUCUCUUUGAUCAAUGGAAGACCAAGUGCCGAUGAUCCUUCUCCUGAACUGCUGGAGUUUACCUCUGCCCGCUACAUUCGCCUCAAAUUUCAGAGGAUCCGCACCUUGAAUGCUGAUCUAAUGAUGUUUGCCCACAAAGAUCCAAGGGAAAUUGACCCCAUCGUCACCAGAAGAUAUUACUACUCCAUCAAGGACAUCUCAGUCGGAGGGAUGUGUAUCUGCUAUGGCCAUGCUCGAGCUUGUCCCCUGGAUCCAGCCACAAAUAAAUCCCGCUGUGAAUGUGAGCACAAUACCUGCGGUGAGAGUUGUGAUCGCUGUUGUCCAGGAUUCCAUCAGAAACCCUGGAGAGCUGGGACUUUCCUAAAGAAAAGUGAAUGUGAAGCAUGCAACUGCCAUGGGAAAGCUGAAGAGUGCUAUUAUGAUGACAAUGUUGCCCAAAGAAACCUCAGUUUAAAUAUACACGGGAGGUACAUCGGAGGGGGCGUGUGCGUUAAUUGUACAAGAAACACUGCUGGUAUAAACUGUGAUACAUGCAUGGAUGGCUUCUUCAGACAUAAAGAGGUGUCUCCACAUCAUCACAGACCAUGUCAGCCGUGCCAAUGUGAUCCAAUCGGUUCCUUAAAUGAAGUCUGUGUCAAGGAUAUAAAACAUGCACAAGGCCUGGAGCCUGGAUCCUGUCAUUGCAAAACUGGCUUUGGAGGAGCGCGGUGUGAUCGGUGUCUUCGGGGUUACACUGGCUUCCCUGAUUGCCAAUCCUGUAAUUGCAGUGGCAAAGGAAGCAGAAACGAGGAUCCUUGUUUCGGACCCUGUCAAUGCAAGGAGAACGUCGAAGGAGGAGACUGCAGUCGUUGCAAAUCCGGCUUCUUCAACCUGCAGGAGGAGAACACGAAGGGCUGCGAUGAGUGCUUCUGUUCGGGGCUUUCGACCAGAUGUCAGAGCGCCCCCUGGACCUACGGCCGCAUACAAGACAUGAGUGGCUGGUAUGUGACUGAUAUCACUGGGCACACCCGGGUGGCUCCCCAGCAGGGGGAUGCUGAUGCAUCUCAAGAGCUCAGCAUCAGCAGUGCAGAGGCCCGACACACCUUGCCGCCGGACCACUACUGGAGCGCGCCAGCUCCAUACCUGGGAAACAAACUCACAGUGGCAGGAGGACACGUGACAUUUACCACAGCAUAUGACCUGGAAGAAGAUGAGGAUGUGGAGCGUACACUCCAGCUGAAGAUCGUGUUAGAGGGAAAUGACUUGCAGAUCACCACAGCUCAAGACGAGGUGCACCUGCUGCCAACUGAAGAAUAUAUUCAUGUUCUGACAUUGAAAGAAGAAUUAUUUACCAUACGCGGCACAAAUGUUCCAGCUAGUCGAAAACAGUUUAUGACGGUGCUCGCAGAUUUAAAACGACUCCUCAUACAAAUUACGGACAGCUAUGGGAUGGAUGCCAUCUUCAGGUUGAGAGAUGUUGUUCUGGAGUCGGCUGUCCCGUACCCGACUGCAGGGGGCGCUGCGGCGUCUGUGGAAGUUUGCCAGUGUCCGCCAGGGUACAGUGGGUCCUCCUGUGAAAACAGAAACCAAGCUAACGAUUCUUUUAAUCUCAUGCCCGCCAGUAAUUCUAAGUCUUGUUGGCCCGGGCACAGACGAGUUAAUGGCACGAUCUUUGCUGGCAUCUGUGAGCCGUGUCAAUGCUUUGGUCACGCGGAGUCCUGCGAUGACAUCACCGCAGACUGUCUGAACUGUAAAGAUCACACAGGUGGCCCACAUUGCAAUAAAUGUCUUCCUGGUUUCUAUGGUGAUCCUACGAAAGGUACCGCUGAAGACUGUCAACCCUGCGCCUGUCCUCUCAAUAUCCCAUCAAAUAACUUUAGCCCGACGUGCCAUUUAGACUGGAGUCUUGGAUUGGUGUGUGAUGAAUGCCCCGUUGGGUACACAGGAACGCGCUGUGAGAGAUGCGCAGAAGGCUAUUUUGGACAACCUUCCGUACCUGGAGGAUCAUGUCAGCCAUGCCGCUGCAAUGACAACCUGGACUUCUCCAUCCCUGGCAGCUGUGACAGCUUGUCUGGUGCCUGUCUGAUAUGUAAGCCGGGUACCGCAGGCCGGUAUUGUGAGCUCUGCGCGGAGGGGUAUUUCGGAGAUGCGGUGGAUGCAAAGAACUGUCAGCCAUGUCGAUGUCAUGUCAACGGCUCCUUCUCCGAGGUGUGCCACUCUCAGACGGGGCAGUGUGACUGCAAACCUAACGUGCAGGGGUGGACGUGUGAUGAGUGUAAGCCCAGAACAUUCGGCCUCCAGUCAGCAAGGGGCUGUGUUCCCUGCAACUGCAAUUCCUUUGGGUCAAAAUCAUUCGACUGUGACGAGAGUGGACAGUGCUGGUGCCAACCCGGAGUCACAGGGAAGAAAUGUGACCGCUGUGCCCAGGGCUAUUUCCAAUUCCAAGAAGGAGGAUGCACAGCUUGUGACUGUGCCCAUCUGGGGAAUAAUUGUGAUCCAAUGACCGGCCGAUGCAUCUGCCCUCCCAAUACCAUUGGAGAGAAAUGUUCUAAAUGCGCCCCCAAUACCUGGGGCCACAGCAUUUUCAGUGGCUGUAAGGUUUGCAACUGCAGUUUGGUAGGAUCCCUUGAUUUCCAAUGCAAUGUACACACAGGCCAAUGCAAAUGUCAUCCAAAGUUCUCUGGAUCAAAAUGUACAGAGUGCAACCGUGGCCACUGGAAUUACCCUCACUGUGAUAUCUGUGACUGCUUCCUGCCUGGAACGGAGGGCACGACCUGUGACACCGACGCUAAGCAAUGCUCAUGUCUCGAUCAGACGGGCCAGUGUACUUGCAAGAGGAAUGUGGAAGGUGUUCACUGUGACAGGUGCCGGCCAGGCAACUUUGGACUUGAAGCCAAGAACCCCCUGGGCUGCAGCAGCUGCUAUUGCUUUGGGGCUACUUCUCAGUGCUCUGAAGCAAAAGGACUGAUCCUUACCAGGGUAACACUGAGCCCUAAGCAGACCAUCCUGCCACUGGUGGAUGAAGCGCUGCAGCACACAACCACCAAGGGCAUUGCUUCUCAGCCCCCAGAAAUCGUUGCACGCAUGGAUCUGGUGAGACAAGAUCUCCGUUUAGAACCAUUUUAUUGGAAACUUCCAGAACAAUUUGAAGGAAAGAAGUUGAUGGCCUACGGUGGCAAACUCAAGUAUGCGAUCUACUUUGAGGCUCGGGAAGAAACAGGUUUCACGACCUAUAAACCUCAAGUGAUCAUUCGUGGUGGCACCCCUUCUCAUGCUAGGAUCAUCACCAGGCACACGGUUGCUCCUUUAAUUGGUCAGUUGACAAGGCAUGAAAUUGAAAUGACAGAGAGAGAAUGGAAAUAUUAUGGCGAUGAUCCUCAAAUCAGUCGGACUGUGACCCGUGAAGACUUCUUGGAUAUACUAUAUGAUAUUCAUUAUAUUCUUAUCAAGGCCACUUAUGGAAAUGUCAUGCGACAAAGCAGGAUUUCUGAAAUCUCAAUGGAAGUGGCUGAACAAGGACGUGUAACAGCAGCGACUCCUCCAGUCCACCUGAUAGAAAAAUGUGAUUGUCCCCAGGGCUUUUCUGGCUUGUCCUGUGAGACGUGCUUGCCAGGAUUUUAUCGACUACCUUCUGAACCUGGUGGCCCCACCCCUGGACCAACCCUAGGCACCUGUGCCCCAUGUCAGUGUCAUGGACACAGCAACUUGUGUGACCAGUCAACGUCCAAAUGCCAGGAUUGUCAGCAUCACACUGCUGGGGACUUCUGUGAGCGCUGUGCUCUCGGGUACUACGGAAUUGUCAAGGGAUUGCCAAAUGACUGUCGGCAAUGUGCUUGCCCUCUGAGUUCUUCCAGCAACAAUUUCAGCCCUACCUGUGUCAUGGAAGGCCUCAAUGAUUACCGCUGCAUUGCUUGUCCACGGGGAUAUGAAGGGCAAUACUGUGAAAGGUGUGCCCCUGGCUAUACUGGAAAUCCAAGCAGCCCAGGAGGUUCCUGCCAGGAAUGUGAGUGUGACCCCCACGGUUCACUUCCUGUCCCAUGUGACCCUGUCACUGGGCUCUGCACGUGCCGACCUGGAGCCACCGGGCAGAAGUGUGACGGCUGCCAGCACUGGCAUGCACGGGAGGGUGCUGAGUGUGUUUUCUGUGGAGACGCGUGCACUGGGCUGCUUCUCCGUGACCUGGCGCUCCUGGAGCAAAUGGCCCUGAGCAUCAACCUCACCGGUCCGCUUCCCGUUCCCUAUAAAAUGCUGUACGGCCUCGAAAACACAACUCAAGAAUUAAAGCACUUGCUCUCGCCUCAGCGGGCUCCAGAGAGACUCAUCCAGGUGGCAGAGGGCGAUCUGAAGACGCUGGUGAUGGAAAUGAAUGAGCUUCUGACCAGGGCCACCAAAGUGACAGCCGAUGGCGAGCAAACCGGACAGGAUGCUGAGAGGACCCACGCGAGAGCAAAAUCACUAGGAGAAUCCAUUAAGGAGCUUGUCCAGGAUGCAGAAGCUGUUAAUGAAAAAGCUUUAAAACUGAAUGAAACUCUAGGAGCUCAAGACAAAGCCUUGGAGAGAAAUCUGCAAGGACUUCAGAAAGAGAUUGAUCAGAUGAUGAGAAUAUUGAGGAGGAAAAAUCUAGAGCCACAAAAGGAAAUUACUGAAGAUGAGUUGGUAGCUGCAGAAGCCCUUCUGAAGAAAGUGAAGAAGCUGUUUGGAGAGUCUCGGGGGAGAAAUGAAGACCUGGAAAAGGAUCUGCGAGAGAAACUGGCUGACAACAACAACAAGGUUGAUGAAGCGUGGGACCUGUUGAGAGAAGCCACAGAUAAAAUCAGAGAAGCUAACCACUUAUCUGAAGUAAACCAGAGAAACAUGACUGCUUUGGAGAAAAUGAAGGAGGCCCUUGAAAGUGACAAACAGCAAACUGAGAACACAUUAAAAGCAAGUAACGACAUACUUGAUGAAGCCAAUCGCCUUGCAGAUGGCAUCAGUUCGGUGAUGGACUAUGUUGAGGACAUUCGAGCCAAGUUGCCACCCAUGUCUGACGAGCUUAGCAAUAAAACAGAUGACCUCUCCCACGCCAUCAAGGACAAGCAGCUUGCUGAGAAGGUGUCGCAGGCUGAGAGCCACGCCGCUCAGUUGCAUGACUCCUCCGCCGUCCUCAAUGGAAUCCUUGAUGAGGCUAAAAACAUCUCCUUCAAUGCCACUGUGGCCUUCAAAGCUUACAGCAACAUUAAGGACAAUAUCGAAGAAGCGGAGAGAAUUGCCAAAGAAGCCAAAGGUCUGGCCCAUGAAGCUACAAAACUGGCAACACAUCCUCGGGGUUUAUUAAAAGAAGGUGCCAAAGGGUCUCUUCAGAAAAGCUUCAGGAUUCUUAAUGAAGUCAAGAAGUUAGCGAAUAAUGUAAAAAACAAUGCUGAUGAACUGAAUGACCUAACAAACAGGAUAGAAAGUGCUGAUGGGAGAAAUGGGGAUCUACUGAAAGCUUUGAACGACACUUUAGGAAAGUUGUCAGCCAUUCCAAGUGAUACAGCCACAAAACUGCAAGCUGUUAAGGACAAAGCAAGAGAAGCCAACGACAUAGCAAAGGAUGUGCUGGCUGAGAUUAAAGACCUCCACCAGAACCUUGAUGGCCUGAAGAAAAAUUACAAUAAACUGGCAGACAGUGUAGCCCAAACAAAUGCUGUGGUACAAGAUCCUUCCAAGAACAAAAUCAUUGCAGAUGCAGAUGCCACUGUGAAAACUCUCGAACGAGAAGCUGAUCGACUCAUCGAUAAACUCAAACCCAUCAAGGAACUUGAGGAUCACCUGAAGAAAAACAUUUCUGAGAUCAAAGAACUCAUAAACCAAGCCAGGAAACAAGCCAAUUCGAUCAAAGUAUCUGUCUCUUCGGGAGGUGACUGCAUUCGAACAUACAAGCCAGAAAUCAAGAAAGGAAGCUACAAUAAUAUCAUUGUGAAUGUCAAAACAAUGGUUGCCGACAAUCUUCUUUUUUAUCUUGGAAGUGCAAAAUUUAUUGACUUCCUGGCUAUAGAAAUGCGCAAAGGAAAAGUCAGCUUCCUCUGGGAUGUUGGAUCUGGAGUUGGACGUGUAGAAUAUCCAGAUUUGACUAUUGAUGACUCAUAUUGGUACCGUAUUGAAGCAUCAAGAACUGGGAGAAAUGGAACAAUUUCUGUGAGAGCCCUGGAUGGACCCAAAGCCAGUAUGGUGCCCAGUGUACACAGCUCCGUGUCUCCCCCAGGAUACACUAUUCUAGAUGUGGAUGCCAACGCCAUGCUGUUUGUCGGCGGCUUGACCGGGAAAUUAAAGAAAGCCGACGCUGUACGUGUGAUCACAUUCAACGGCUGCAUGGGAGAGGCAUACUUUGACAACAAACCUAUAGGGCUGUGGAAUUUCCGAGAAAAAGAAGGCGACUGCAAAGGAUGCACAGUCAGUCCCCAGGUGGAAGAUCGUGAGGGGACGAUUCAGUUCGAUGGAGAAGGUUAUGCGUUGGUUAGCCGCCCUCUUCGCUGGUUCCCCAACAUCUCCACAGUCAUGUUCAAGUUCCGGACCUUCUCUUCCAGUGCUCUCCUCAUGUACCUUGCCACCCGAGACCUGAAAGAUUUCAUGAGUGUAGAGCUCACGGAUGGGCACUUAAAAGUCAGCUAUGAUCUGGGUUCAGGAAUGGCUUCCAUUGUCAGCAGUCAAAACCACAACGAUGGGAAAUGGAAAGCAUUCACCCUGUCAAGGAUCCAGAAACAAGCCAAUAUAUCAAUUAUAGAUAUAGAUACGAACCAGGAAGAGAACAUGGCAGCUUCGUCACCUGGCAACAACUUUGGUCUUGACUUGAAAGCAGAUGAGAAAAUAUAUUUUGGCGGCCUGCCAACUCUGAGGAACUUGAGUAUGAAAGCAAGGCCAGAAGUAAAUCUGAAGAAAUACUCCGGCUGCCUCCGCGAUAUUGAGAUUUCAAGAACACCAUAUAAUAUCCUCAGCAGCCCUGAUUAUGUUGGUGUCACCAAAGGGUGCUUCUUGGAGAAUGUUCACAUAGUAAACUUCCCAAAGCCUGGGUUUGUGGAGUUGGCCCCUAUGCCACUUCAUGUAGGAACAGAAAUCAACCUGUCCUUCAGUACCAAGAACGAGUCUGGGAUCAUUCUCCUGGGAAGUGGAGGGCCGUCAGCAUCACCGAGAAGAAAACGAAGGCAGACUGGACAGGCCUAUUAUGCGAUCUUCCUGAACAAAGGCCGCCUGGAAGUGCAUCUCUCCAUGGGAGCACGAACAAUGAGGAAAAUCGUCAUCAAACCAGAGCCGAGACUGUUCCACGACGGGAGAGAACAUUCCGUUCAUGUCGCCAGAACGAGAAGCAUCUUUAGCAUCCAAGUGGAUGAAAAUGGAAGGCAUGUGCAGAACCUGACGAUCGAACAAGCGAUUGAAGUUAAAAAGUUAUUUGUGGGAGGCGCUCCACUGGAAUUUCAACCUCCCCCGCUCAGAAAUAUUCCUCCUUUCGAAGGCUGCAUAUGGAACUUGGUUAUUAACUCUGUCCUUGUGGACUUUGCACGGCCUGUGUCCUUCAAAAAUGCAGACAUCGGUUACUGUGCAACGCAGAAGCUCCGUGAGGAUGAAGAUGGAGCAGUUCCUGAUGAAAUAGUCAUCCACCCAGAGCCGUCGCCUGCACCCACCCACCCUGCGCUCCCUCCAGUCCUGGCGCAUGGUCCUUGUGCUGCAGAAUCAGAACCAGCUCUUUUGCCGGGAAGUAAGCAGUUUGGCCUUUCAAAAAAUAGUCACGUGGCGAUUGCAUUUGAUGACACCAAGGUGAAGAACCGCCUCACAAUUGAGUUUGAAGUGCGCACCGAAGCUGCGUCAGGAUUGCUUUUCUAUAUGGCUCGGAUCAAUCAUGCUGAUUUUGCCACCGUCCAACUGAGAGAGGGACUGCCCUACUUCAGUUAUGACUUGGGGAGUGGCGACACCAAAACCAUGGUCCCCACCAGAAUCAACGACGGCCAGUGGCACAAGAUUAAGAUCAUGCGAGUUAAACAAGAAGGAAUCCUUUAUGUAGAUAAUGCCUCUAACAGAACCAUCAGUCCCAAGAAAGCUGACAUCCUGGAUGUGGUGGGAAUGCUGUAUGUCGGGGGGCUACCCAUCAACUACACUACCCGGAGAAUCGGUCCAGUGACCUACAGUAUUGAUGGCUGCAUCAGGAAUCUUCAGAUGUCAGAGGCCCCCGUUGACCUUGAAAAGCCAACUUCCACCUUCAAUGUUGGGACAUGUUUUGCAAAUGCUCAGAAGGGAACAUAUUUUGAUGGAACUGGCUUUGCAACAGCAGUUGACGGAUUCAAGGUGGGAUUGGACCUUCUUGUCGAAUUUGAAUUCCGUACAACUAGGACCACUGGCGUUCUGCUGGGAAUUAGCAGCCAAAAAAUGGAUGGAAUGGGCAUCGAAAUCAUUGAUGAAAAGCUCAUGUUUCAUGUGGACAAUGGAGCUGGCCGAUUCACGGCCGUCUAUGAUGCUGGGGUCCCAGGACAUCUGUGUGAUGGACAAUGGCACAAGGUCACAGCUAGCAAGCUGAAACACCGCAUUGUACUGAUAGUGGAUGGGAACCAAGUGGAAGCGCAAAGCCCAAACAGAGCUUCUACAUCUGCCGACACAAAUGACCCUGUGUUUGUGGGAGGUUUCCCAGAUGGCCUCAAUCAGUUUGGCCUGACGACCACUAUUCGAUUCCGAGGUUGCAUCCGCUCCCUGAGGCUCACCAAGGGGACUGGCAAGCCGCUGGAGGUGAAUUUUACCAAGGCUUUGGAGCUGAGGGGUGUCCAACCUGUGGCAUGCCCAGCAAACUAACAAAACCAAGGUCACUCCCGCAAGAGUUCCGCCAAAUAAGUGUAUCCAGUUUGAGUCUUAUUUUGCCUGUGUAUGUUAAUAAAACUAAUUGAUGCAUUAAGCUCCUUCUGUAUUAAAUUCUUUCUGUAUUCAGUUGGUGCUAAUCCAGAUCCUAGACUGAAUUUAAUUCCGCUUCUUUCUCAAGUCGUGCAUAAUAAACCAGUUAUUUCAUUCUAAA